AUGUCGUCCACCACACCCAGCCAAGAUUCGGCCCUUCCACCUCCUGCUCCACCUCCAGUCACCCUGCCUGCUGGCGUCGUGGACCUUGCAGCCCUCCAAGCCGGCGGAUUUCCCGGUUUCCCUCCGAAUGUAGACGGUGCCCAGAUAAUGCAAAUUCUGAAAGCCUUGCCCCAAUUCAAGGGCGUGAAUCUCGGCCAACACAAGGAAGACGGGACCCCCGCCAACCAACAAGAUGCCGCUCAAGCCCUCUCUAACCUCGCCACGUAUCAACAAGCCCAAGCUGUUGCCGCUGCUGUUGGAGCCCCGUUCCGUGUCAGUGACCCUGGUCCUUCCUCCCACCCUCAUGGACCCCCACCCGCCAACACUUUCCCGCAUCCAAUUCUGGGCCAGGCUCCAAUGACCGCUGGCGGCGGAACUGGCUCUGGCGGUGAAGAAGACGACGAAGGCGACGGCGACUAUAUGGACAAGUCACCGUUAGCUGAUGGAUCUCGCAAACCUGGUAGCCGCCGUGGUAGAGGAGGGGCUGCAAUGGGCAGCGAAGAAUGGACUCGGCAAAGAAAAGACAAUCAUAAAGAGGUUGAGCGUCGUCGUCGCGGAAACAUCAACGAAGGAAUCAACGAGCUUGGGCGAAUUGUGCCAAGUGGUUCGGGCGAAAAGGCCAAGGGUGCUAUUCUCGCUCGUGCUGUGCAGUAUAUCCAUCAUCUCAAGGAAAAUGAGGCUCGCAAUAUUGAGAAAUGGACCCUCGAAAAGCUACUCAUGGACCAGGCAAUGGGUGACCUGCAGGUUCAACUGGAUGAGAUUCGUCGCAUGUGGGAGGAGGAACGGCUAGGCAGACAGCGUGCCGAGGCCGAAUUGGAGACGUUACGUGGAAAGAGUGGGACAACAAGUACCGCGGAGAAACGAGCUAGUCCCGAGGGUGACAAAGAGACUGGUGACAACAAGAAAGCUCGCACCGACUCUUGA